UCGGUUUAGAUGGUCUCCCCAGAUGUGCUACAGGGGUGCAGUUGUGCUGAUGUCAAUUUCUAGCGCACACCUGCCCCUAAUCUCCCACCAUCUGUGAUAUUCAGGAUUCUUGGUUGGGAUCUAAGUCCUGGCUCGUUGGCUGGGGAGCCGGCAGUGCUGGAACUGAGCUGUUUGCUCGCUGCUUUCAAAGACAAACAGGAAAAAGACCUGCCAGUUGCUUUCACUUUCCAGAUUAUUCACCCUGCUCGGCGUCGGUGGGAGAGAGGCCAGGAGAGCGAUGGGAAACCGAACACAGAUGAUUCUGUGAGCUCUUUGCAGAGUUGGGGCACCUGGGGCUCCCGGGAGGGAAGCCGGAGAUGAGAGAUCGGAACCGGCCCGGCGUUACGCCUGAGCGCUACCGGGGUGAGCCCGAGGGGAAUCGCACCCUGCGCCUCCAUUCCUGACGUUCAGCAGAUCCCCUCGGGCAGGAACCAGCCCUUCAGAGACCGUCCUGCCUUCACCAUGACGAGAGUCAGUCUUGUUUGCUCACUUCACUCGAUUGUGCUGUGGACGCUCUGCUGGGUUUCUGGAGAGGAGACAGCCAUCACAGCUCAGUAUGGGAAAAACGUCACCCUGACCUGCAUCUUCCCAUCCAAAUUUAAGAUAAGCUUCCAUCGACUGAGCAUCACCUGGACAAAGGAAGGAGCCCAGGGCCAGGGUCUCCUGGUUCACAGAUUCCAUCUGAAGAUGAACUGGCUGGAGGGACAGGAAGAGGCUUACAGGGGCCGAACACAGCUAUAUCCACAAGAAUUCCCCCAGGGAAACGCAUCCCUGAGACUCAGCGACGUUCGCCUCCAGGAUGAGGGAUCCUACCUCUGCAACGUCACCUGUGAGCUGGGAAGCUGGUCCCAGAAGAUUUCACUUAUAGUGCUAAGUGACAGUGAAAUGGAAAGGCCCAUCAACGUUAGGCCAGGGGAGGACGUCAUCCUGAAUUGCUCCUUCCAAUCCAAGUUAAACCACCAGCCACUGAACAUCACUUGGAAGAAGGAAGAAAAGGAGGGACCAGAUCUCCUGGUUCACAGCUAUUUUUCUCAGCUGGACCAGCUGGAAACACAGGAUGAGGCUUACCGGGGCCGGACCCAGCUGUAUCCAGAGAGAUUCCACGAGGGAAACGCAUCCCUGAGACUUAAGAACGUCCGGCUGGAGGAUGAUGGGGUCUACACCUGCCACGUCAAGCCCCAUCUGGGCAGGUUUUCCGUGCGGAUGAGAGUGUCCGUGGAGAAGGAUGCUGAGCUUGUCCAGAGCCCAUCAACACUGUGCAAUCUGUGGUGGAUUGAUCUGGUCGGGUUACUGGGGAUAUUAGCAUUUGCUCUCCUUCGAAUGUAUUAUCCUUCCCUGCGGAAACUGCGGCUGAACAAAAAGUCGCCUCGAAGUGAGUCCCGGCAGACUGUGUCCGAUGAUAAAGAAGACGAAGAGGAGAACAAACAUCUGCUCCGGGCAUCCCCGUCAACCUCCAUGGGGCUAGGAGUGGCCAAUCCCACCCACAGUCCACCUGCGCAUUCCUCUCCGGGGCAGACUGCCAAAGACAUGAGAGAACCAAGGGCUGCUCCUGGAGUUCAAAUAGUACCUACAUGGAUUUCUAUAAUGCAGCGGUGGGCUUUGGAAUACACCAGGUUAAAUAUUGCCAUUAUGGGAGAGCGAGGCUGUGGGAAAUCGUCCUUCAUUAACGCCAUGCGGGGACUAUGUGAUGAAGAUGAAGGUGCUGCCCCAGUCGGGGAGGAAGAAACGAUGAUGGAGCCAACAGCUUAUCAGCAUCCCAAACACCCGAGCAUGACUUUCUGGAGACUGACAAUAAGUGGGACAGAAGAUUUUCAGCCAGAGGCAUAUCUCCAGCAGCUGAAAUUUGUCCGCUACGACUUCUUCAUCAUCAUGGGUUUAGAGGGAUUCACACCUAUGUAUGCUAAGCUGGCCUGGGAGAUCCGGAAGGCAGGGAAGAUGUAUUCCUUUGUGCGCUCCAAGGUGGAUGCAGAUUUGGAUGCUGAAAGACAUAGCCGGCCCACCGCCUGUAAUGAGGAGGAAAUACUGCAUAACAUCCGUAACCACUGCAUCAGAUGCCUGGAAGAGGGAGGGAUGAUCAAUCCUGAGGUUUUCCUCCUCUCUGCAUUUGAGUUAGACAAGUACGAUUUUCCCCUCUUGCGAGAGAAAAUGGAGAAAGCACUCCCGGGUGACAAGAACAGGGCUUUGAUACUGGCCCUGCCCAACACCUCUCCGCAAACCUUGCAGAAGAAAAAGGAAGCCCUGCAGAAGCAGAUCUGGAAAAUAGCUCUUUUCUCUUCUCUUAUCGCGGUUAUUCACAUACCCAGUGUCUCCACCAUUCUUGACGUAACCAUCCUGAUGAUAUGCAUGAGAUAUUAUUGCCAGGUCUUUGGCCUGGAUGAUGUCUCCUUCACGGCUCUCACGAGGCAGUGUGGCAAACCAGAGGAAGAGCUGAAGGCCAUUAUGGAACCCCCGCUGGCCGUUAUGAAGCCCCGGCUGGCCAAGGAAAUUACCAUUAACAUGGUCUUGCAGCUCUUGUCCUCGGUUGGGUGCGGCAUAUUGAUAGCAGCUGAUUUGUCUCUGUGGCUUUUAGGGGUGCUAGGAUUCAUGCUGUCUGGAGGAGCUGCAGGCGCAGGACUCUUGGUGGCUGGUGGAAUUUCAUUCGCUACCACGUAUGUCCUGCUGAAAAGCUUCCUCAACGCUGCUGCUGAAGGUGCCGAAAGAAUCCUACAGGAGCUAAGUCCACAUGACAACAGGGAAAGCUAACGAGACGACGCAAACGAGGAAGGAUUUCCAGGACUGGCAUCUAAAUGCUCAGGGCACACGCUUCACGAGCACCAUGUGCUUAUUCUGCUGUUCUUGUCCCUGUUCUGGUCCUUCCUUUUGAAGCUCCCCUGGUGUAAUCCUCCAGCGCGUAACUCCACCAGCUUCCACUUGACACUGGGACUGGGCUGAGGUCGUCGCACCAGAGGGUCUUAGAUUGGAAGAACCAGCAUCAUAAACCUGGGUCAACAGAUGCCUAGUGAAAUGAUUGAAUGUAGAUGUGUGGCGCAGAGCCUGAGUUCCUUCGUGCAUUCCCAGCCCAGGCACCUGGCCUGUUCUACUUCCCUUCUCAUGGUUCUUUCUUUCUUAUAUUGUUUCUUUUCCCGUUAUCUAUUUAUGUUACAGCAACACUUACUAGAGACCCAGGCUGGGAUCAGGGCCCCGUUGUGCCAGGUGCUGCCCAGACCCAGCGAGAGACAGUCCCUGCCAUGGCUGAGAUCGGGACCCAGGCAUUCCGGGCGCUGGCCAGACACAGCCAGAGACGGUCCCUGCCCCUAAGACUUUACAAACAGACAAAAGGUGGGAGGGGAAAUGGAGGCACAGAGCGAGACCCCAAGCAGACCAGAAACACACCCUGCGUCUCCUGACUCCAAGGCUAGUGGGCUAACAAACCACACCCCUCACUUCUUCACUCAGUCUUUUAGCUCCGCUCCCUUGUUCGCCUCUCAGCAGCAGGCUCCGUGCCGCCUGGGACGGGGCGUUCCCGGGGGGCUGCACAGGUCCUGGCAGCUCAGCUCAGCGGCGCUAGCCUACAGGAGAAGAAAAUCUGGGCCUGGCAGCUCUGCAAUGUGUGUGGUCUGCUGCGGGAGCUACUGCUGCUUUCCCUGCAGCCCUAGGGACACAUUUUCACAGUGGGGGCAGAGCCAGGGGCGUGCAAAUUUCUGCUCCCUUGUGUUGUUCUCCUCUGUCCCAAGCCUCCUGCCAGACUAGCCUGGGGACCUCGAGAAGCCGGUCACCGAUAGAAACACCAUGUGCAUCGUUAUUAACGCUGUAGGUCUCCCAGCUAGGAAAUGGGUUUGUGUCCCUCACUCGCUGUUCAGUCUGCGUCAAAUCUCCCUUUGCAUCCUGAGCCAGCCAGUCCCCACUGGGGCCGGAUGGGAGCCGGCGCCACCUAGAGAGGACAGGCCACGUGCCCCAUUCCCUGCCCCGAGCCAGCCAGCCCCUGCCCUGGGGCCGGGUGGGAGCCAGUGCCCCCUAAAAGGGACAGGCCCCUGCCCCAUCCUCCGCCCCCCUGAGCCAGUCAGUCCUCUCCUCAAUAGAUCAUUUCAAGCAAUAGCACUGCAAUAACUGAUGGUUUAUACCUUUGAAAGGUAAUUGCUUGGCCUGCUCACCACAGGCCAGCGCGACUCUAAUGUGUAUGUUCAGUAGCCGGUGUGUUCUCCUCUUGUCAGGCUUGUUUUCUACUCCAA